CAGCCGAGCCAAGAUGGCUGACAACAUCCAGUUACACCCGGUGCGGAAGAGCUCGAAGAAACACCUUUAUUACAACUCUGGAAGACACAGCAGAUAUCAGCUGGAAGAUGAGGCCUCCCACCUGGAUGAGAUGCCACUGAUGAUGUCAGAGGAGGGCUUUGAGAAUGAUGAGAGUGACUACCAGACCCUUCCUCGGGCCAGGGUCAACCAGAGGCAGCGGGGCCUGGGAUGGUUCCUUCUGGGAGGCUGGAAGAUUCUUUGCACCAGCUGUUGUGAAUGGCUGGCCCACACCUGCCGGAGGAAGAAGGAGCUGAAGGCUCGCACCGUAUGGCUGGGCUGUCCAGAAAAAUGUGAGGAAAAGUAUCCGCGAAAUGCCAUCAAGAAUCAGAAGUACAACAUCUUCACCUUUGUGCCUGGGGUGCUGUACCAGCAGUUCAAAUUCUUCUUGAACCUCUACUUUCUGGUAGUUGCCUGUUCACAGUUCGUCCCACAUGUAAAAAUUGGAUACCUUUAUACUUACUGGGCCCCUCUGGGCUUUGUUUUGGCAGUGACAAUGGUGCGAGAAGCUGUGGAUGAGGUGCGCCGCUACCGACGAGACAAGGAGAUGAACUCCCAGCUGUACAGCAAGCUCACAGUCCGAGGCAAAGUUCAGGUGAAGAGCUCUGACAUACAAGUUGGUGACCUCAUAAUUGUGGAAAAGAACCAGAGAAUACCUGCUGAUAUGAUUUUUCUCAGGACCUCAGAGAAAAAUGGUGCAUGUUUUAUUCGAACAGAUCAGCUGGAUGGUGAGACAGACUGGAAGCUGAAAGUUGCUGUAGCCUGCACACAGAGACUUCCCGCUCUAGGGGACUUGUUCUCAAUCAGUGCCUAUGUCUAUGCUCAGAAACCCCUGCUGGAUAUCCACAGUUUUGAGGGUAACUUCACAAGGGAGGACACCGAUCCUGUCAUCCAUGAGAGCCUGAGCAUCGAGAACACUCUGUGGGCAAGCACGGUCGUAGCCUCUGGCACAGUGAUAGGGGUGGUAAUCUACACCGGCAAGGAAACCAGAAGUGUCCUGAAUACAUCCCAUGCCAAAAACAAGGUGGGACUGCUGGACCUGGAGCUCAACAGGCUGACCAAGGCCCUGUUUCUUGCCCAGGUGGUGCUGUCUGUCGUCAUGGUUGCUCUUCAAGGUUUUGUGGGACCUUGGUUUCGCAAUCUCUUCCGCUUCACUGUGCUCUUCUCAUAUAUCAUCCCAAUCAGCUUGCGUGUCAAUCUUGAUAUGGGGAAGGCCGCAUAUGGCUGGAUGAUCACAAAAGAUGAAAAUAUUCCUGGCACCGUUGUUCGAACCAGCACAAUCCCAGAAGAACUUGGGCGACUGGUCUACCUCCUAACUGACAAAACAGGAACUUUAACACAGAAUGAGAUGAUAUUCAAGCGCCUCCACUUGGGGACUGUGUCCUAUGGAACAGACACGAUGGACGAGAUUCAGAGUCACAUCGUACAGUCAUAUGCCCAGGUCAGUUCCCAAUCCAAUGGCAGCAGCAACAGUUCAACUCCAUCCCGCAAGCCCCAGACAGCAGCUCCCAAGGUGCGCAAAAGUGUUAUCAGCCGCAUCCAUGAAGCCGUGAAGGCCAUCGCCCUGUGCCACAACGUCACCCCAGUGUAUGAGUCCCGGACCACAGUCAAUGGGGAGACCGAGUACACCGAGGCUGAUCAGGACUUCAGUGAUGACAACCGCACAUACCAGGCCUCAAGCCCCGAUGAGGUGGCCCUGGUGCGCUGGACCGAGAGCGUGGGCCUGACGCUGGUCAACAGGGACCUGACCUCUAUGCAGCUGAAGACCCCUGCUGGACAAAUCUUGACCUUCCAUAUCCUGCAGAUUUUCCCCUUCACUUCAGAGAGCAAAAGAAUGGGCAUCAUUGUCAGAGAAGAGGCUACAGGUGAUAUCACAUUUUACAUGAAGGGGGCUGAUGUUGCCAUGACGAGCAUUGUACAGUAUAAUGACUGGCUGGAAGAGGAGUGUGGAAACAUGGCCAGAGAGGGGCUACGCACUCUAGUGGUGGCUAAGAAGUCAUUGUCUGAAGAGCAGUACCAGGACUUUGAGAACCGGUACAACCAGGCCAAGCUGAGCAUCCAUGACCGAGCGCUGAAGGUGGCGGCGGUGGUGGAGAGCUUAGAGCGGGAGAUGGAGCUGCUGUGUCUGACCGGUGUUGAGGACCAGCUGCAGGCCGAUGUGAGGCCCACCUUGGAGCUGUUGAGGAAUGCAGGCAUCAAGAUAUGGAUGCUGACUGGAGACAAGUUAGAAACAGCAACUUGCAUUGCAAAAAGCUCACAUUUGGUAUCCAGAAACCAGAACAUUCAUAUCUUUAGACCAGUGUCGAACCGAGGAGAGGCUCACCUGGAGCUGAACUCCUUCAGGAGGAAACACGACUGUGCCCUGGUCAUUUCGGGAGACUCUCUGGAGGUGUGCCUGCGGUACUACGAGCACGAGUUUGUCGAGCUGGCAUGUCAGUGUCCAGCUGUGGUGUGUUGCCGCUGCUCUCCCACACAGAAGGCCCAGAUUGUCAGGCUGCUUCAGCAACACACGGCCAACCGCACCUGUGCCAUAGGUGACGGAGGCAACGAUGUCAGCAUGAUCCAGGCAGCUGACUGCGGCAUUGGCAUCGAGGGGAAGGAGGGCAAGCAGGCCUCCCUGGCUGCAGAUUUCUCCAUCACACAGUUCAAGCACAUUGGCCGGCUCCUGAUGGUCCACGGCCGUAACAGCUACAAGCGAUCUGCCGCACUGGGUCAGUUCGUCAUGCAUAGGGGCCUGAUCAUCUCCACCAUGCAGGCUGUUUUUUCCUCUAUAUUCUACUUUGCUUCUGUUCCCUUGUAUCAGGGCUUCCUCAUGGUGGGGUACGCCACUAUCUACACCAUGUUCCCGGUCUUCUCCCUGGUUCUGGACCAGGACGUGAAGCCUGAGAUGGCACUCCUGUACCCUGAGCUGUACAAGGACCUUACCAAGGGUCGUUCCUUGUCCUUUAAAACAUUUUUUAUUUGGGUGUUAAUCAGCGUUUACCAAGGGGGCAUCUUGAUGUACGGCGCCCUGCUGCUCUUUGAGUCGGAGUUUGUGCACGUGGUGGCCAUCUCGUUCACAGCGCUCAUCCUCACCGAGCUCCUCAUGGUGGCGCUCACCAUCCGCACCUGGCACUGGCUCAUGGUCGUGGCGGAGUUCUUCAGUCUUGGCUGCUACGUGGCCUCCCUCGCCUUCCUCAAUGAGUACUUUGAUCUUGCCUUUAUCACGACUCCAGCCUUCCUGUGGAAAGUGUCGGUGAUCACUGUCGUCAGCUGUCUUCCUCUUUACAUCAUCAAAUACUUGAAGCGCAAGUUCUCCCCUCCCAGCUACUCCAAGCUCUCCACAUAAGUGAGCCGUUCCUCUUGUUUCUUUCUAUUUUAUGUCUUUUUAUUUUCUCCUCCAUCUGGUGUGCCCUGUGGCGGGCUGGACGCUGCAGAUGAGGCCCUGUUUGGGGUCGGAGGUCACAGGGACAGAUGGCGGGACAGUGGAUGUUACUUGAAGCAGUCGAACUUGAAAGAAACGGAAGGGGGGCGGGGGUCAGACCUGUAAGCACUGGACUGAGAGGCUUCUGUGAAUCGCCUUCAGAUGCUGUAUCACGCUAAACGCAGCUCCACUCCUUUAUCUGUCUCUUGUGUUUUCUACUCAUUGUCGGACAACUGGACAUUUUAGACAUUUUAGCUUUUAGGAUUGUGACUAUCUGCACAAAAUGAGGACAAUGUUCAAUGUUUUCUUUUACAGUGUUAUUAUACUUGUUAUAGUUCUGUUGUUCAAAGUCAUUCCUUCGCACUGUAAAUGACAGUCACAUAUGUGCAGCUUUUUACCGUUGAAUCCAAAAAACACAUGACCUGUACAGUACCAGCCUAGGGCUUGUUAAAAAAAGAGAGAAAAAUCCAGUUAACUUACUAAUGGGACUGAGUGUUUGCACUUUCUGUAGCUGUGUAUUUGUUCUGGGAACAAUUACCUUUUGCUUGUUUUUUGCCAGCAGUACAGUAUUUAUACAUUGCCAGAAGCCAAACAGCAUACAAAAUAUCAUUUUCUGUGUUAAUAAUUGUUUUCUUUCAUUCCAGUCAUCACUAAUAUUAGCAGUUUUUGCUAAUAUUUGAGAGUUUUUCAUGAAUGUGCAGUGUGAUUUCUAAGGGCGGCUUGUAUAUAAAAACCAUUGCCAAGACUUUUAGCUGAGAAAAGAAAUGUGGUAAAGAAUAACUAUAUGCUUGAAGAAGGAAGGAUUAGGUGUGUUAACCUGGAGCUUAUGACUGAAACAUGAGUAAUACCAUUGAGUUUAAUUUUCUUUUGAAACUGUAUUUGUGGGCCACGCAUGACUGACAGUGUGGCUGAGCGCCAGUGCUGAGACACAUCAGUUCAGUCGUGCUCAAGUAGUCAUCAUAUCGCUUGCGGAUAUUGCUCAGUUUCAUGUGUGUGGAUGUGUUUGAGUACUGGAUUAAAAUAAAGAAGCCACACACUGUGCUCUUCACUAGUAUUUGCAUUGACUGAACUGCAAUGCCUUGAAGUUCUGUUUUAUGUACUCAGGUAGAAAUCUUCUGUAUCACAUUAACAAUUUUAUUGUACUGUGAGCAGUGACAGAUUAUUUGUUUGUUUUUGUUUUUUUAAUUAGUUAAAGGAGGAAUUAAGAACAACCUUCUCAUUAUUAUUAUUAUUUAUAAUAUAUAGCAUCCUAAUUAUGUAGAUCUGUUAAGGGUGCACCAUCUGCUUAUUAUUACUUACUGUGGACAGUUGUUUGAAAAUGAAAUGCUUUCCCUGUUAUUAA